CGAACCACUGGAGCUUAUCGGCCAUGACGACGAGUUGGGAGUAAGCAGCCUGGCUUAUCGAACAUUUCUCCGCUUGCUUCUACUCGGCAAUCGUCCUGAACGCUGGUUCGCAUGCACUGCCGAUCCUCGACAAUCCGAAUCUCACCUGGAAUGUUCAUGUUGUCAUGUUCAACUCGCUGUCUCAGCUGCACCCUAGCCAAUCCCUCCUUAUAAGUAGCAUUGAUUACCUCCCACCCCCCCCGGCAACAGCCAACAAUGCAGAUUCUAGCAUCAGCACCAUCCACCAUGAAGGACAUCAUCGCGAAAUACCGCCCGGACCUCAAGCCCUUCGAGGAGAUCUACCGCCACCUCCACCAGAACCCCGAACUCUCGGGCCAGGAGCAGGAAACCGCCGCGACGGCCGCGGAGCACCUCCGGAGCCUGGGGUUUGAGGUGCACACGAACCUCGGCGGGCACGGGGUGGCGGGGGUGCUGCGCAACGGGGCGGGCCCCACGGUGCUGGUGCGGGCCGACAUGGACGCGCUCCCCGUGGAGGAGAAGACGGGGCUGGCGUACGCCAGCACGAAGAAGACGACGGACGCGGAGGGGGUGACGCGGCCCGUGAUGCACGCGUGCGGGCACGACACGCACGUAGCCAGCCUGAUGGCCAGCGCGGCGCUCCUGCACGCCGCCCGCGCCCACUGGGCGGGCACGCUGGUGUGCAUCUUCCAGCCGGCCGAGGAGCAGCUGGACGGGGCGCGCGCCAUGCUCGACGACGGGCUGUACGACCGGAUCCCCGCCCCGGAGGUCGUGCUGGCCCAGCACGUCAUGCGCAUGCGCACCGGCACCGUCAGCGUCCGCGCCGGCCGCUUCCUCACCGCCGCCGACGCCUUCGACGUCCGCAUCCACGGCCGCGGCGGCCACGGCUCCGCGCCCCAUACCUGCAUCGACCCCAUCGUCGCCGGCGCCGCCGUCGUCACCAAGCUGCAGAGCAUCGUCAGCCGCGAGGUCACCCCCGGCGAGAUGGCCGUCGUCACCUGCGGCAGUAUCCAGGCCGGCCACGCCCACAACAUCAUCCCGGAUUACUGUGACCUCAAACUGAAUGUCCGCACGUAUGAUGCGGGCAUCCGGAAGCGCGUGGUCGAGUCGAUCCGGCGGAUCGUCGAGGCCGAGUGCGAGGCCGCCGGCUGCGUGGAGAAACCCCUGGUGAAGCUCACGUAUUCCACCCCGGCGACGAUCAAUGAUGGGCAGCUGGUCGAGACGCUCAAGGGUGCCUUUGGGGAUUAUUUCCAGGACGGGCUCGUCGAGUCGGAGCCCGCGGCCGCGAGUGAGGAUUUCUCGCUGCUGGCCACGGCUGUGGGCGCGCCGUAUGUGAUGUGGACGUUUGGCGGCGUGGAUGCCGACACCUGGGACGAUGCCGUCAAGAGGGAUGUCGUGCGCGAGCUGCCGAGUAACCACUCGCCGUUUUUCGCUCCGGUUAUUGAACCUACGCUGCAGACGGCAGUGGAUGCCAUGGCCGUGGCGGCGAUGACCUUCUUGCAACCGAAAAAAUGAUCGGGUUUUUUGGGGUUGUUUAUUUGUGAGGGGCGUGACUGCUCGAGUCGAACCCCUCGUGGUAUCAUAAUCAACGUAACUGUACAU